AUGGCAGAGAUCCAGCAACCAACUACAGCUCCUGUGGUUGAUGUAGUCCCAUCAGCUCCCACGUCUGAUGGGACUUCUCCCAUGGGCAACCCACUCACGGAAGAGACACCUGCUGUCUCCCCGUCGCCGGGGCUAUCGACUUCCGCAUCGCCUUCACCGGCGCCUGCCCGAAAAGGUCAACCCCGGGCAAAUCUGCAUCUGCUCUACAAGCAGCCCGCUCCACUCAAAAUCUUUCCCUUCCCAAGUCUCACCAGCAACCCAAUCUCCUUCCUCCACCUCGCCUUCACCUGGCUGUCCCAGGUCUUGAGUCCCCCUCCAGCCGAGCCGUCAGUCGUGCAUACGGCCUACUGGGAUCAUGAGACGAGGACGAUCAUCAUCACAAAUGAGAAGUCCAUGGUCGGCCUCUGGCAGCAAGGUUUCUUUGGAAAGGGAAGUCUGAGUCGAAGUGAACCGAACUGGUUGAAGAGGGAAAGGACGCGGUUGGGGCUCGUCAGGGACAAGGUCUCAGAGGUCGAGACCAACAGGCGUCGUGCUGAGCGCAACCGUGUGAAAUGGGACCGCGCCAGAGCCGAGCAGGAGGCUCUGGAACAGAGGCGCCUGGAGGAGGCCGCACUGGAGGCGGCACGACUCGAGCAAGUCGCUGUACCCCCUGAGCCUCUACCUGAAGCUGUUGUGAAGACCCCGACUCCCGCGACGGCGGCAGCCCCUGUCGGCCCGCUGGAGCUGCUGUGUCUGCCGAAUUCACAGCUCGAACUGGAGUCACUUUCAAGCCGCCUAACUCCUCCGCCCGAGGAGACCGUCGACAGUGCGGAGGUCUCCAAGUCCAGUUCCAGCUCAUCUGGAAAUGAUGAUGCGGACUCAAACACCACGACCUCGGAACCCACGCCGCUGAAGCAAGCUAAGAGCGUCCGCUUCUCGCCGACCGUGGAGUCCACCGAGUUCCUGCACAACGAUCCCCCCAGCCCCCCUCGUUCAGUGUCGUCGUCAUCACUGAAACCUCAUGGUGUCAAUGGUAGCGCCGCCGUCAGCCUGGACGACUCGACAGCUUCCGGCACGGACGAGACCGCAAAGGACCUCACCGACCCCGAGACAGAGCUUGUUGUGAUCAAUAAGGAACAUCUCCAGCUUCUCCCCGAGGAGGCUUUGUUUCUGACUUUUGCUUUUGGUUCUCUCAAGGUCAUCGAUUCCGCGACUCAAGAGGCGAUCGGCCCGAAAGAUCUGCUGAGUCUUCUUCGCCAGAACUCAUACUUUCCUCCCCGUCUAUCAUCGCGAGACCUUCUACCCGACGAUCCGUUUCUGCUUCACUAUGCCGUGUACCAUCACUUCCGCUCUCUAGGUUGGGUUCCACGUGCCGGUAUCAAGUUCGGAGUUGACUGGUUGUUAUACACUCGCGGGCCCGUCUUCGACCAUGCCGAGUACGGUGUUCUCGUUCUGCCGUCUUAUUCGGAUCCAUACUGGAAGUCCAUGGGCAAACAGGCCCCACAAAAGUCGUGGCAUUGGCUUAUGGGUGUGAACCGCGUGCUGUCAAAGGUGUUUAAGAGUGUUUUGCUGGUGUAUGUCGACGUCCCGCCACCGACUGCCUUCCUGGAAGAUGGAUCACCCAGGGAUGGCCUGGCGGGGCUGUUGAAGAAGUAUCGCAUUCGCGAGCAACUUGUCAAAAGGUGGUCUUCGAAUCGGAAUCGCGACUAG